UCCACUGCCUUAAUCCACUUGGCUACAUCCGUCCCUACUCUACUAUACACCACAUCUUGUUUGUAUUGUCUGUGAAAAUUCUGUGCAUAUUAAAGACUUGUAAAAUUUGUAUAGUUUAUCACUUUUCUAGAAUUUGAAAUCCUGACUUCCUAGUAUAGAAUCAUAUUAGUGAACAGUAGUCAAACCUUUUAAAAACGUUACUAUAUUUUCAUUUUGUUUUGUAAGUGCUAAACAUGUAACAUACAUAAUAUUAUUUGGGCUGCUUACUCUUCUCUCGUUGACUAUGAACUUUUCUCUGUGAUCAAGACGUGCAUCAGUGAGGCAACUACGGUUUCUUAAGGACUAAGUGGCUUUUUAAUCUCGAAAUCCAAACAUCUAAGAAACCAAUACGUUUAAGUGAUCAAUAGACACCAUGGAAAGGCCAAGUGUUGAUAAGAUCAGGAGCUCACAAGAAAGCAACGUUAAUGGAGUUAUCAAAGGAAGAUACACAGAUCCUAUUCCUCUUGAGCUUCUGUUCAUUGUUUUCUUAAAACUACCUGCCAAAACCCUAGCGAGAUGCGUCUGCGUAUCAAAGCGUUGGGCCUCCGUAAUCCGCAGCCAAGAUUUCAUCAUAUCUUUUCAAUCUCAGUCACGCAUCCUCUUCUUCAUAAGAGAUUAUCACCAAACAAGAUUCGAGAACUGGUUCUUCUCGUCAAACCAACAAGGAACCUCAUCGUUUCUUUCACGUACCACAUGUCACGUCUCCAACUCAAGAUCAAGAUGUCGUCAGCCUCAAGAAGUCAACGGCCUGAUAUGUUGCGGAUACGGUACGAGUCCAGUGAUUUAUAAUCCCUCCUCAGGAAAAUCACUAACCCUACCAAGAAUCUAUCUCAACCUCAACGUUGGACCUUACGUGGAAAACAUUCUUGGAUACGAUCCAAUCAACGAGGAGUACAAGGUAUUGUCCAUGACUCCGUUACCUGGUAACCAUAGUAGUGAUAGCAUAAUACCAUAUAAGGAACACAAAGUGUUUACGUUGGGAUCUCAAGGUGUAUGGAGAAUGGUCGAGUGUAACACGAUUCAUUGUCCCGGAACUAUAAGCGUAUGUAUCAACGGGGUUGUGUAUUACGGUGCUUACGUAGGGGAGAGUAUGAAGCAACUUAGCUUAGUGAGAUUUGACGUGAGGACCGAAAAGUUCGGUUUUAUGAAAAUGCCAGAGUCUGUCCAAAUUCUAAGUUAUUAUUCAUCAACUCUAAUGAACUAUCAUGGGAAAAUAGCGUUAGCGUAUUCGACAGGCUACGAUACAUAUGAGUUGUGGGUUUUGGAAGAUGCUAAGGAGCAUGAAUGGUCUAAGAUGUGCUUUUCUACAAGGGCAUGGACACAACCUUGUGUUAAGUUUGAAGUUGAAGGGGUAACUAGAAUGGGUGAGAUUAUUUUGACGCCGAGGUAUGGUGGGGUUGAGUUCUAUGUUGUCUAUUACAAUUUAGUGACGAAACAAUUUAGAAAAAUUGGUAUUGAAGGAUAUAAAAAUCCUGGUGGAGUAGUUGUUUCAUGGGAGUAUGUUGAAAAAGCUAGUACCAUGCUUUUGUAA